AUGGGUAGAGAAUGAUAAGUCAAGAGCAAAAAAACUGAAGAAAAUACGUGUAUGGUUAAUGAAAAAGGUAAAAGAAGUAAGAUAUUGUGUGCUGUAAGGGCUUGUAUGAUCAUGUUCAGCCCUAAUAACGUUGAGCCAAUGGUGUGGCCAUCUGUUGAGAAGGCUUAUGACCUUCUAGACGGUUUCUUUGCCUUACCGGAGAUCGAGAAGAAUAAGAAAGAGAUGAGUCUUGAGACAUACCUAAAAGAGAAGACAAAGAAGGUUCAGGAGCAAUUCAUGAAAACUCAAAAGAAGCACAUGGAUUAUGUCACUGAUCAAUUGAUGGAGGAACUGCAUCGUGUUCGUAGAAUUAAUGAUCUUAGCUUGAGUGAAAUUAAUGCAUUGAUAUCUUUUUCAAGGGAUAAUAUCAUACUUCAUAGAAAGGAGCUAGAAUUUGUGCAACAUUCUCCUCUUCGCGAUCCACCGGUGCCUCCAUUUGAGGUGCAAUUCGAAGAGCUCACGGCCACCGCAAAUGAUGUUAUUAUACGAGGUGGUCAGGUUGAUGAGAACUGGAAGAAUUAUGAAGAAACAAAAAGGUUUAGCAUUGGUAAUGCACUUAGGGGGAAUCAAAGUCAUUACUUAGUGGAUAAAUGGGUUUUUGCGUCUCCUGAACCGCCUAAACCUAGAACCUCCCAACCAAUCGACAUGGAUUUGGUAUCUUAUAACAAAAGUCCAAACCAUGUUUUAUACGAAGGAAGCAGUAGAAAAGAAAACCCUAAUUUAGAUAUAGAGCAAGUUAGGGCCCCAGUGAUGACCUACCAUGGUUUGGUUGGGUUAGUCUCUCAUCAGUUACAACAUCGCAUCAUCAAUACUCCAACCAUGGAUACGAGUGAACCAAGACAACACCCUUUUGAUUUCAUGAGCCGCAAGUUAGGUGUAAAAGAGGAAGGAAGCACUGUUAACAAUGGCGACUCACAAUUUCAUGGGGGAAGCAACACUAGAGCAGUCAACGAUGGUAUCCAUCAAGAGCCACCUCCUAAUGGAACAACCAUUGGAGAAAUUAAUGGUGGGGAAGGUGAUGCUGAUGUGACGUCGUUUGAUAUGAAUAAAGUUUGGCCGUCCAUUAACAAUAAUCAUUUCUAG